UUUUUAACUUUUGAUAAUACUUCAUUUGUAUAUCUUACAGAAGCAAAACAUGGUGGAAACAAGAGUGCCAAGAAAGAAGGAGUUUCCGGGAGCUCUUUUUUUACGUGGUUCAUGGUAAUUGCCCUCCUGGGAGUAUGGACAUCAGUUGCAGUAGUUUGGUUUGAACUUGUUGAUUACGAGGAAGUGCUAGGAAAACUUGGGAUCUAUGAUGCUGAUGGUGAUGGUGAUUUUGAUAUGGAAGAUGCCAAGGUUUUACUAGGACUUAAGGAAAGAUCUGUCCCAGAACAAUCAAUACCAAGAAGUGCUGAAGAGGUUAUCCAACCUGCAGAAAAGCCACAUGUGAAAACAGAACACGUACAUGUUAAAACAGAACCUGAAGAUGAAAUUGAGGCCUUGCUACAUGAAGUUCUUGACUCACAACUUG